UUAAAGCAUGUCCAGGAGGAGGAAAACAUUCUGUAUGGCUUGUGUUGCGCUAUGAGGCUCCUGUGACCUCCCAGGUCCUGUUUCACUCACGGUUUACAAUGCCUUCCACAAACUGGACUUUAUCAGAGCUAGUUGGGCAGCGGAGGCUGUUGGGGCUGGGAGCACUGCUGGCAUGGCUUGUUCUCUUCCAUCUCCUUGUGAACGUUUGGCUUCUCUGCAUCUUCACCAGUCUCUUGGUGGUCCUCGGAGGUUGGCUUGGGUCCCGGGCCUUACUGGAUGCCAACAGCCUUCUUCACCUGGAACACUUCUUGCCUCUUGGCAAAGUUAACCCACCGCUGGAUUCACCUGAGCAUGAGUGGAGACUGAACCAUGAGAUCCACAUUGCUGUCCACAAAGCAGUGCGCGACUUUGUGUCCUCGUGGUAUCGCACUCUGUUGCCUGAUGUGGAGGGAGAGUUUGAACACGCGGUAUGCAAUUUGAUGCUGGAGUCAGUGAUGGAACUAAAAGAGCGUGCACGGCAAGUGGACAGAAAAGCACUGGUUCAGCGUUUGCUAGAGCUGUAUGGCUGUCACCUACAGAGCUACAUGAUAGUAAAACAAAUACAGUCAGCACACAAGGAUAGCAUUAGCCUCUGGAAGCUCUACACAGAAGUAGACUCUCCUCAUCCAGCUGUGAGCAAUGCAACCACUGAGCUUAGCUACUCCAGAGCUCUAGUUAACCUGGUGUUACAUGUCCUUGUUCCAUACCCCCAGAUGGAAACCAGGACCGGAGGAUACAUGGUAACAGAACUAAUCACCUGCAAUGUACUGUUACCACUCAUAAACAGGGUAUCGGACCCUGAUUGGCUCAAUCUGACCAUUGUAGACAUGUUCACCAAAUCCAGAGAACCACAGGAAAUUGAUGUGUUUGACCUCCCAGCAGAAACAUUGUACAAAUGCCAGGUCCAACAGGAAUCCUGGACCACCUGUAAAUCACUGUCGUCUUCUGAUCCAGCCAGCCUCUCUGACAGAAGCAUGUCUGACCUGGAUGAUGUACAGAGCCAGAGCAUGAUCAGUGAGAGGGACUCUUCACAGAGCAGCAUAGCCAGUCUGACGUCUCCUGGGAACGUACAAAGUUGCCGCACAGGUUUGGCGACACCAUGCAAAGUGAAUUGCUGUUCACUUUCACCUGGCCACUGUUCCAACUUAUCAGUGUCCAAAAUGAUUUCACUGGACUCUCUAAUUCGGACAGACUCAGGAGAUGACUUGACAGGAGGCUUUUGUGAAUGUGGUCCUCCAGCUAACUUGUGUAACAUGCUCCCUUCAAAGGAUGAUGAAGCCUUUGGCUGCUUUGGUCCUCUGAGAGGUCUCGGGCCCAAGGUGGUGCCUGAGGACUCCCAGUGGCCAGCAGGCAUCGCUCAAGAAAAAUCUCCAGUGUCUCCACCCAGAGGGCUUUGUCUGACCUCCUACAAUUUUGAUGCAUCCAACAACCCAGCUGCACCCAUCAACAUCCAGAAUGUGCAAAUUUCUGGUACAGUCUCUGCAAAGGAGCAGCGUGGCACAGGAACACAUCCCUAUACUCUCUACACUGUAAAGUUUGAGAAGGGGGCUGACACUGAUAAUGCUGGCUCUCGGCAACCCGCAGCCUGUCACACUGUCAAUCGCAGAUACAGCGAGUUCCUCAACUUGCAGACUCGUUUAGAGGAGAAGCCUGAAGUGAAAAAAUUAAUCAAAAAUGUCAAGGGCCCGAAGAAAAUGUUCCCUGACCUCCCAUUUGGCAAUCCAGACAGUGAGAAGGUUGAAGCCCGUAAAAGUCAGCUGGAUGCCUUCCUUAAACAAUUAAGCAGCAUUCCUGAGACAGCCAACAGUGAAGACAUGCAGGAGUUCCUAGCUCUCAACUCUGAUGGCUGUACAUAUUUUGGAAGAAAGCCUUUUGCCAAGUCAAGAAUUGACAAGAUGAUGGAAAACGCUUUAGACACCUUGAAGACCGCUUUUCCUCAUCCAGAGCCUCUCAGUCCUACUGAGGACGUUGAAGGAGAUACUGAUGGAAGAACAAUGGACAGCAGGAAGUACAAGAGGCUAAUGUUCCCAAGCAAAAUGUCUACAUCGCUCAACAUACCUGACCUACAUCCUAAAGUGACAUAUUACUUUAGUGAAGGCAGCGCUGUCCUCAAUGGCAUGUCACUGUCGGGCCUGGAGAGCUUUGUCAGAGAGCAGGAAAGACUUUUAUGUGGACUGAACGGGAAAGAGACAGACAAGGAGAGCGGCAAGCAGCAAGGCAAAAACAGGAAGACUUCAGGGAAAACUCAUGGGACAGAUACAGCUGUGGCAGAUGUUGCUUUGAACAUCUUGUGUCUUCUGAUGAAGGAUCAGUGGAGUUGGUUGUGCACUGAGAACAUACAGAAGACCAUCAGACUGCUCUUUGGCACCUUCAUUGAAAGAUGGUUGGAAAUAGGUGUCGCCCACCUUACCAGUGCCCCCUGCUGGGUGAUUUACCUACAAGUACUGCAGGAAGCUGUUUGGCCGGGCGGCACGCUGCCUGCUCAAUCACGGCCCGAGCGAAGCGAUGAAGAAAGAAAGGAAACAAAGGAGCAAUGUUUGGAUUGCCUAAUGCAGCUGCUCCCAGAACUCAUCACUGACAUGCUGGGCAGCGAGAAGUACAGACUCACCUUGGAGACAAUGCUGGAGUCUUUACAGGACCAUCAGAUAAACAAGCAUCUGAUCUACUGCAUCUGUGACCUGCUGCUGGAGUUUCUGAUCCCCGAGUCGUGUGAUGGGGCUUUCCAGAGGUCUCUGCUCCAGAGCCUGGCUAGAGACACAGAGAGGGAGACACAAUCCUCACACGUGAUCAGCAAAUCUAAAAUAUGAGUUUUUAGUAUUUCUAAAGCAUGAUUUGAUUUGGUUCGGCAACAUUAACAUACAUGCAUGGCUCUGUUUUUUUAGGACUGUUUUUUAUUCCGUCUUUUGUUCCUCUCCAUCUGAUGGUUGGACUCUAUCAUAUCACCUCCCACUUAUCUAAGGAAAGUAUACGCUUAACUCUGUGUCCAUCCUGAGAGGAUUUGAAAAAUACACAUAGUAUCACUGUCAGUUUCUUUAACAAGGCUAGAAUUAAUGCCUUACUUUACCAGCGUUAAAGCAAAAUCACCAGUAUCUGUAAAGUCCAUAACACAAAGUAACACUUUCGCUGCAAAUCAAAGGAAUGCCUUGUAACUCAGUUCAAACAUCAAUGCGUGGAUGAGGUCUACAUUACUGCACUUCAGUCAUGGCAAGUCAUUUCAGCACUCUUCAAAUAGGGAGAUUAUUAUAGUAUCAAACAAGUAGAAAUAAACAUAAAACUCAUUGUCUGUGCAGAUGUGCAGCUUAUCAACUGGCAAGCAAGGUAAUGCCUUGGGGCCAGGUCUGUGAGGGCAGACAACAUUUAAACUACAGCAGUGGUAAUGUGCUAAGUUUUCAUUAUCAGUAGGAUACCUCCCUAAAACUCUGCACACACAAUCAAUUUUGCAUUAAGAUGCUCUCUGUGUAAACUUCAAUGCAAUAGUCUAUUCACAAAUAGAAUAAAUCGUUUUAGCCAUGUAUAAAAGUUUUAAGUUGUACAUGAAAUGAUUACAAUAAAAACAUAGUGUAUGUGCUGUAGGCUUGUCGUUUUCCUGCUGCAGACGUUCACAUACCCAAACUUGUAUCAGAUGUCAGGGCGUAAAUCCACUCGCUUUGUUUCCACUUGGACUUCAUAAACUGGAUCUUAGGAACUUUUAGCACAUCUCACUUCCUUUCUCAUGAGAUCAUGGGCUGAUACUGGCGGGCUCCCACCUCCUGUCUCAUGCUUUGGGAUUUCACUGGCAACCAGAGAAGACAAAAUGCUCAGGCUGCAUUGACGGUGGCCCCACACGUAUCAGAGUCAGAGCAGCUGUAUUUCUACCACAAAUCGCUCACUGCAAUAAACAGCUGUGCAAGUUCACACCUUAUAUUCAUCACCUAUAAAUAUUGUAUUUAUUGCCUCAUUUCAAAUGUCUUAAAAUAUGUAAAGCAAAUGAUUCAUUUGCACACCUUAAAAAGACCCAUCUUUUUCAUAGUCCACCUUUACCUGAAUGUGGGUAAAACAAAUAAUGUAUCAUUUUUACAAAACCCAUACUCUUCCCAAGCUAGGUUAGAUAGCCCAAGUCUAACCAGGUCUAACCAUACUCAAGAUCUUACAUUACUUAAAAGCAGCUAGACAGUAUGCGCAAGUGGAAUUUUAUCAAACUAGAUUUUUCCACAGAUCAUACAGCAAUGGAAAGGUUUUCAAGCAUCUUGUGAAAUAUCCUUGGAUCUAACGUCUAGGAUUCACCGAUGCCAAUGUUGUACAAGCAUUCAAGAUUCCCACAGUCUGAACUAAGCUGACUCUGAUAACUUCUAGAUUCUAUUGGCGUUUGGGAUAACACCAUGAUGGUUGAAGCUAUGAUCCACUACUGAAAGUUUGCAUUUUGUAUA